AUGGAGAAGCCUUUUGUUAUUGGACCUAACGGUCUUGCCCCGAUUUCUAUCAAGCAACAGGCCAAUUUUCGCAUUACCACGAAGAUAAUCUACGACGUCAUCUCCAGUUGCAAGAUGAUCAGCUUGAAGGAGAGCAUUCAUGCUCCGCUCGCUGUACGUAAAAAAGCCCGUGCAAACCGCCUCGGCGUGGAGACGGUGUCAGCUCAGCUGACUACUCGUCGUUCCGCUCAGCCUGGUGUCUCGGAUGGCUUGCCUAGUCUUUAUGAUACCUCAAAGGGUCUUCAAAAGGCUAUGCCGCUCGGAAAGGAGAACAAGACUGCUACUGCUCCUGCCCCCACUGCUGCGCAGAAGAACCAUGGAAUUGAUCCACGUGCCAAGCCAUUUGUUCCUGUUGCUACCGAGUCUGCUGAACCCAAGGGCGAAUUCGCUCAUGUGCCUCUGAAGAGUGCACCCCGCAAGGCCACCACUGGACCCAAGGAAGACGCUGGAAUCCAUCGUGACACCGUCGAUGAUGUUUCUACCAAGGACCUCGCCGCUAAGAGCAAAAAGGCUGUUGGUACUUUUACCAAAGCUGGAGCCGGAAGCACUGAUCCAGGCUACGAGUCCACCGCUGGUUCCAAGGCAUCUCAGAAGGCCGAGUCUGUCGGGGAUGAGGAGUCCACUGCCUCGUCCAAGAAGUUCAGGGGCCUGACUGACCCCGCCGAUUUUAUGAAGCAAGUCCGGCUGCUUCACAUGCAGAAGGUGAUGGCACCCAAGGUCGUUCCUACUGGACCGCCCCGUCGCAUUGUCUUUGGAAAUCUUCCCGAGUGGACUAAUAUUUCUGGAAUUCUGCACCUUGUCUAUGGCGGUGCUAUUGAGCGCGCGUGGAGUGAGAAUGGUGAAGUCAUCGUGCAGUUUAUUGGGCAAGGCGACUGCAUCAAAUAUUAUGAGAACCACUCUGAUGGAAUUAAGGUGAGCGAUGGUGAUGGCGAACUCACUAUUUCGGUUACUAUGCCUGAGGAGGGUUUGCAGGACAACGCUGAGCUUUCGAAGCGCGUCGAAGAGGGUGCGUCACGUGUUGUUUGUCUCUCUGGUCUACCCACUGGCUUCAAGACUAGCGACAACGAAGAUAUCCUGGGUAUUACCUCCGAUCCUACCUGGAGUAGCAAGUGCUUCGAUCACAUUCUGAUCAAGCAGGCUGAGUCUGGUGUUGAUGUCUACAUCUUCUUCUAUGAUCUCCAUGGAGGUUGGGAUUUCAUGCAGAGCAUCAAAGAGGGAGCGUACGACUGCAUUGCCAGCUUCGAACCUGACCCAUGCGCUCGUGCUGAGGGAUUCCACUUUGUUGAUGAGCCCAACCAAAUGCUGUCUAACAUUAUCGUGGAGUAG